AUGUUGGAUAGUGCCGGACACAUAGACGCUUUGAGUGAGGAAAGACACAUACUGGAACCUCACAGUCUAGACGCGCUGCGUGGGGAUAGCUACAUGCUGAAACCUCACGAGUUGAGUGAUGUUGGAUAGUGCCGGACACAUAGACGCUUUGAGUGAGGAAAGACACAUACUGAAACCUCAUAGGUGAUUUGUAUUGGAGAUUGCCGGACACAUGGACGUGUUGAGUGAAGAUAGCUGCAUACUGAAACCUCACAGAUGGAUUGGUUUUUGAGUUUGCCAGACACAUAAACGCGCUGAGUGGGGAUAGCUAAAUACUGA